AUGAAAGUUGGAUUGAUGGCGGUCGCGACGAUCGCCUUGCUGGCCACGGAUGCGCGGCCCGCUCUGGCGCAACAGACGACGCACGGUUGCGCCUGUCUCCACAACGAGACACCGGUGCCGAUCUCCUAUCGCUACAAAUGGGGCGAUGGCGAGUGGCAGACCCGGCAGCUCCAGAAGGGCUACCAGACUGCGAUCUGCUGGCCAUACAAGGACGCCCAGAAGAGUUCGCCGAACCUGCUCUUCCAGCUCGACGUCGACAUGUCGAAGGGCAGCGCCUGGACGACCUAUGCCAUUGCGCGCGUGCAAACGGCGGGCAACGCUUGCGGCAACGUCGGUGGCGGUGGCCACUACAAUAUGCUGCUGAUCUCGGGCGACAAUGCCAAGGAUCGCGCCUUCUACGAGGAGUUGUCGACCUUGAGCGGCCGGCCGAUGAUCAUGAACGUGAUCCAGGCCUUCGAUCACCGGCCCGAGAUCCAUCGCCGCGGGCUCGCCUGGCUGAAGAGCUGCCGCGAGCGCGGCAUCCGCGUGGUGGGGCAGGGGCUCACGACCGAUGCGGGCUUCACCUUCACCUUCGAGGACUGGAACCUGUUCGACGAUUCGCAGGACUGGUGCGAUGCCACGACCGGCACGCGCGAGGAGCGGCUGGCGAAGCUCGCCGAUCCGGCUCGCCGCGCGAAGUUGCGCGAAAACCUGCCAAUCACGGCCACGGGGCCGCUGCCGCAGAUCGCGAUCGUCGGGCCCAAGACCGAACGCAACAAGAAGUGGCUCGACCACACGCUGGCCCACGCCGGCGAGAAGAUGGGCAAGCAUCCGGUCGACGUCAUGCUCGACAUGGCGGUCGAGGAGAAUCUCGAGACUGAGUUCUUUGCCGCCCCACCCAACGGCAGCAUCGAGUACCUGAAGGAACUGGUCGACGAUCCCUACAUCCUAUUCGGCGUAUCGGACGGCGGCGCCCACACCAAGUUCCUGACGGCCGGCCGCUAUCCGACCGAGACGAUCUGCAAGGUGGUGCGUCAGCACGGCAUGCUCAGCCUCGAGGACGUGCAUUGGCGGCUGUCGGCGCUGCCGGCCGAGGUCGCGGGAUUCCGCGGCCGCGGCAUGCUGAAGAAGGGCGCGCCGGCCGACAUCGUGAUCUACGAUUAUGACGGGCUGAAAGUCUUGCCUGACGAGAUCGCGCACGAUCUUCCGGGCGGGGAAUGGCGCCGCGUGCAGCGGGCCUCGGGUUACAAGUACAUCCUGGUCAACGGCGAGGUCACGAUGCGCAACGACCGGCCGACCAACAACUAUUCCGGCCGCCUGCUGCGCCACGGCGCAUGA